UGGGGCGGGACCUUUGGUAUCCUAUGUCAUCAACUAACGGCGCUUUGUUUUUCUUUCGGAGGGAGAGUAUUGUUUUGAUUUGCUGCAAACUGUCCGGUUUAAGUAAAUUAUUCGUUUUAUUUGGUUCAAUACAAGCAAAAGCCUGCAACGUGAGGAGUUAAACUGAUCUCGUCUUUUUAAAAGGUGUGUAAUUGUGGGAUCAAGUCGGCUCAGUCGUAAGCUAGCUAGCUACUCCAAGAGGGUGCCCUGAUUGGAGCGGAAGGAAUUCCAGAAACUGGGAAGAAGAGGAGAAAUCUCUGUUUGGGAUGCCACACGCAAGUUGGAAAACAAUGGAUUUUAUGAUUCCCCCUGGCAUCGUGACGCUGUAAGCUUGAGGCAUGAGUCCGUUAGACUGAUAUAAAAUUUAAAGAAUUCUUAGGUGGUUUUGUAACUGUCAGCGUGCCAGUCGAGCGAUUAGCUAGCCACGUAGCUACCUCUCAGGAGGAGGACAUUUAAAAUGGCGGAAGGUUGGCCCAUUCCUCCAGCUCUUGUCGUCAUGCUGCUGAGUUUGAGUGCCUGGGCCAGUGACGCUUGUCCCCGUGUGUGCUCCUGUUCGAAAGGACAAGAUGAGGUCCAUAUUUUGGAUUGCAAUAGGAAGAGGCUAGUUACUGCUCCACUGGACAUCCCAGAUGGGGUAUCUCAAGUCACCAUGAAUCACAAUGAGCUGACUGUAUUUCCUGUUCUCGGAGAUGCUUCUUCCAACAUCACAUCACUCUCACUAGUCCACAACCGGAUCUCAGAGCUUUCGAUGCAUCAGCUACAACCUUACGAUUCCCUGGAGUCACUUGACCUCACAUCAAACUCCAUCUCUGAGCUCAAAGUUGGAUCUUUCCCAUCCAUGCAGCUGAAAUAUCUGAAUUUAAGUAACAACAAGAUCAGCAUCCUGGAGCCUGGCUGCUUUGAAAACAUCUCCAGCUCGCUGUUGGUGCUGCGGCUUAACAGGAACAGACUAGCUGUGCUGCCAUCCAAAGUCUUCAAGCUUCCACAGCUUCAGAUCCUUGAAAUGAAGCGCAAUAAGAUCAAGAUAGUGGACAGCCUGACAUUCAAAGGGAUGGACUCACUAAAGACACUGAAGAUGCAGCGGAAUGGCAUUACUAAGCUCAUGGAUGGGGCCUUUUUUGGGCUGAACAACAUUGAAGAACUAGAGCUGGAGCACAACAACCUUACUGAAGUUAGCAAAGGGUGGCUGUAUGGUCUGCGCAUGCUGCGUAUCCUGCGGAUAAGCCAGAAUGCUAUAGGCAUCAUCGGGCCUGACUCCUGGGAGUUUUGCCAAAAACUGGAGGAACUGGACUUGUCCUAUAAUCACCUGACUAGACUUGAGGAGACAGCUUUCAUAGGAUUAGGUCUCCUGGAGAGUUUGAACCUGGGAGAAAACUCCAUCAGGCAUUUGGGGGAAGGAGUGUUCAGCAGCCUGGCAAGUCUUCGCACCCUAGAUAUUCGCAAUAACGAAAUCUCCUGGGCUAUCGAAGACUCCAUUUGUGUAUUUGAUGGGAUGAAGAAGCUGAACACACUAAUUCUUCAACGGAACAAAAUUAAAUCAAUCACCAAUAAAGCGUUUGAGGGCCUUCAGGAGCUGGAGCACCUGGACCUCAGCAAGAAUGGUAUCAUGUCCAUACACCCAGAGGCGUUGUCCCAUAUGAAGCUCAAAAUAUUUGUCCUGAACACAAGCAGUCUGCUGUGUGAUUGUCACAUGCAGUGGUUGGGCCCUUGGUUGACAGAAACCCAGUUCCAGCAGUCCGUCUCGGCUAUCUGUGCCCAUCCUGCCAGUUUACUUGGUCGCAGCGUGCUGUCCAUCAGUCCAGAGGAGUUUGUUUGUGACGAUUUCCCCAAGCCUCAGAUCACAACUCAUCCUGAGACGUCCGUGGUGCUGCGGGGGAACAAUGUGACUCUGAGCUGUAUCGCAUCCAGCAGCAGCGACUCAACGAUGACCCCUGCAUGGCGGAAGGAUGGGGAGGUGCUGUACGAUGCAGAAGUGCAGAACUAUGCCCGUUAUCAAGAGGGAGAGCUCAUCUAUACCACCGUCCUUCACCUCCUUAAUGUCAACUUCACUGAUGAGGGGCGUUACCAGUGCGUGGUCUCUAAUCACUUUGGCUCUAACUAUUCCAACAGGGCCAAACUUACUGUCAAUGAGCUGCCCUCCUUUCUUAAGACUCCCAUGGACCUAACAAUCCGGGCUGGGAAUAUGGCCAGGCUGGAGUGUGCUGCGGAAGGUCAUCCAUCACCUCAGAUUGCUUGGCAGAAGGAUGGAGGCACAGACUUCCCCGCUGCCCGAGAGCGCAGGAUGCAUGUGAUGCCAGAUGAUGACAUCUUUUUCAUUGCUCAUGUAAAGACAGAAGACAUGGGAGUGUACAGCUGUACAGCUCAAAAUGCUGCCGGAAGCCUGUCGGCAAACGCUACUCUCACUGUUCUGGAAACCCCAUCCUUUAUGAGGGAGCUGGAGGACAGAACAGUGGCCCGUGGUGAAACAGCUGUACUUCAGUGUAUAGCUGGAGGCAGCCCCGCACCACGUCUCAAUUGGACCAAAGAUGACGGACCUCUGGUGCUUACGGAGCGGCAUUUUUUUGCUGCAGCCAACCAACUCCUUAUCAUAGUUGAUGCUGGUCCAGCUGAUGCUGGGAAAUACACCUGCAUCAUGUCUAAUACUCUUGGAACAGUGCGUGGCCACAUCUACCUCAGUGUGUCGCCAUCACCAAACUGCGAUACCGGCCCUGGCUAUGACCAGGACGGCUGGACCACUGUGGGCAUAGUGGUGAUUGUGGUGGUUUGCUGUGUGGUUGGAACUUCGCUGGUCUGGGUCAUUGUCAUCUAUCACAUGCGCAGGAAGAGCGAGGACUACAGUAUCACCAACACGGAUGAGAUGAACUUACCAGCAGAUAUUCCCAGCUACCUGUCCUCCCAGGGAACUCUAUCAGAGCCUCAGGAAGGCUACAGUAACUCUGAGGCUGGAAGCCACCAGCAGCUUAUGCCACCCCUCUCCAAUGGAUACAUUCAUAAAGGCACAGACGGUGUGUGCUAUGGAGACAUGGGCAGUGAAGUGGAAACUGAAGGGAACGGCAUGCUGCACUGCAGAGUGGGCUCUCUUUUCACUGGACGCAGCAGCUUCCAUCCUGGGGAGUCUCGUGAGGGACUAGUCGGGGUCCCCUCAGGUGUUGCAGGUCCUCUGUUAAUCUGCUCUGACUGCUACGACAAUGCCAACAUCUACACUCGUACAAGGGAGUAUUGCCCCUAUGCCUACCUGGGGGAGGAUGAUCUGCUGGACAAGACUCUACCUGGCCUAAAAGAGGGCAUCAGUCAGCAUGCUCAGCCAGAGGACGCAACUCUAGAGAGCCUCAUAAGGACCUCUCAUGACAAUCGGCUGAAUUGCCACACUCCCCCAGAGCACUACGUCAAUGAUUCCCUUAGCAAAUCGUUCUGGAGUGAAGAAGGAGAUCCAUCCUCGAAGCAUCAACCAGGAGCGUCCCACCUCACAGUGACUGUACACAGGACACCUCCUUUAACCUCUGCUGCUGAUGAGGCAGUGGAACAGAUUGAAGCUGAGGCUAACUAUUUCCCACGCCAAUGCACCCAGGACCACAGAAGUGCCUGUAAUAGGACUAAGACACAGGAGCAUCUGGCUCCCACAUAGUUCUUUAUACUCUGGCCACAUUCUGCCUCUGACUCUUUGCUGCACCCCAUUCCGUCCCCACGUUUUUACCCCUCACCCACUACCUCCAAAGAGACACCUCACAUUCUGCCAAAGAUGCUCUCUUGUAUGUUUACAUUUCCCUUUUGAUCAAGAGGACAUGCUAUCAUUUCCCCACUGUGGAAAGACUGCUGUGUCUGAUGGGAAAAAUAAACCAGUGAUUAUAGUGACCUCCACCUCAGGAGAUUCUUUCUUUCCAUUUUUUUCCCACUCAUAUCCUCCACUCUUCUUUGGUCUCCUGUGAGGGAAGACAAUGAAUGUAUGCUUUAAAGAGCCAUGUCUGCUGCUGCCGCCGUGAGAGAACACCAGGACGCAGUCACAUUUCCACAAGUUGUCUCAUCAUUCCUGGCAGAGACACCUGCUGGAGCAGCCUGCAUGACUUGGAAGUGAAAGCACUGAGUGCCUCUUCCCAAGUGGGGGAAAAUGGGGUUUAAACAAGGGACAGAUGAUGUUCCCUGACCAGCAGUUUUUGGUUAAUAAUAAUAAUUGAAAGAUCCUUAAAGGCUUACCUCCCACAUUUUCACAGCCAUUCUGACUGACUUUAUGCAAAUCCCAGAGACAGUAACACCAAAAUGAGGUGUGUGAUGCAUAUAUAUAUAUAUAUAUAUAUAUAUAU